AUGACCGAUUUCUACGGCGACGCGUCAGCCUGCAAGAAGAACGAUGCCGACGAGUCGAUCUGCCUCGCGUUCGCUGCUCUGCGCCUCCCCGAACACCACGCGGACCACCCUGUUUGGCGCAACAUGGUCUCCUGCAUUGCGCGUGCGGGCGAAGGCUACCUCGCACCGAGGCGUCGCUACGUCGGCGGCGUCAGGCUCCAGAAAUGUCGUAAGCGCAUUGAGGCGGCGCUUGCUCCUAUCGCGGCGAGCUGGCGGCGGGAUGGCGUAACGGUGUCAAGCGAAAUGAUGACUGAUCGUAACGGCCGUCCGCAAGCCAAUGUCCUUCUGAUCAACGACAAUGGCGCGGUCUUCGCUGAGACAAUCGGCACACGGAUGGAAUCGAAGACGGGAGCUUACAUCGCGGGGCUUCUCCGUCCCAUUCUCAAGAAAGUCGGACCGGAAAAUGUGGUGGCAUUUUGCAUGGACGGCGGCUCGAACUAUGCGGUGGCGUGCAGGGAGCUGAUGGAGGAUUACCCCCACAUUGAGUACAUACCUUGUGCUACCCACAUCCUCGAUCUGUUGUUGGAGGACGUGGGGAAGAUGGACUGGGCGAAGAACCUUGUCACCCGCGGGGGAGAGAUCAUCACCUUCACGCGCAACCACCACUUCACGCGGAGGUAUUUGCGAAGCUCUGAGGUCAAGGGCGGGAAGGGCAAGCAGGUCCUGAAACCCGCGGGCACUCGCUUCGGGACGCAAUUCAUCGCUAUUUCCCGCCUUGUCGAAGUCCGUGCUGCCCUCGUGCAGAUGGUUUUAAGCGAUGAAUGGAAUGAGUGGGCAACAGGGGCAAGGAGUAAAAGCGCUGACACUUUCCGCGAGCACAUCAUGGACGAGGCUUGGUGGAAGAAGGCCGAGUUCUUCACCAAGCUCAUGGCGAAGCCGUUCGCCGUCAUGCGGGCUACGGAUGCUGCGACAAAGGGGAUGAUGGGGCGCCUCUACAACGCCAUGCUGCAGCUCACCGAGGACGUGGAUGCAAUCCUCGAGGAGCACUCCGCGGAGGAGGGCAUCUUCAAAAACGACAUCGAAUGCACGCGCGUGCUGAAGGGCUACAUCGCCAAGCACUACGACCACCUCACCAUGACCGCGAGCGACGGCGAGGAGCGCCGAGCCUCUCUUGUGCUUCAGGAGGAACUGACGGCGUACCUGACCCUGCAGGGGAGUUGCGGGCUGCCCACUGCCUUGGAAGACCGCGCGGCUGAGAAGGCGGGGAAGAUGACGGCCGUCCAGUGGUGGAAUUGGCACGGCACAGAUGCGCCCCACCUUGCUACGUGCGCAAUCCGCAACCUUUCGCAGCCGGUGUCCGCGUCGCCCUGUGAGCGCAAUUGGUCCAUGUGGGACGCGGUCCACACGGCAAGGCGCAACCGCCUCGGGUCCGAGAAGUGCAGGGACCUCGUAUAUGUUGUGCACAACUGGCAGGUUGUGCACAAUUGGUACAAGAUCCCUGAGGGGCAGCGGGUGGUCAAGGGCAACAUUCCUGAGGCGCCCCUUCCCGAGGGCUACAAGGUGGAGGAGGAUGGGGCGGAGGAGGAGGUUGGGGAGGAAGAGGACAUGGUUCUUGAGGAUGAGUAUGCAUAG